AUGUCCAACACUGUGGCAGCUUUAGAAUUAAACCUCUACUGUACUAACAUAUUCCAAAAAAAAAAACUUGUGAUGAAAAUACAGGAGAUUGUUCGUUACUUCCCCAGUUUUCGAUGGCAAAUUCGUCACCGAAAACCAGGACCUCCUUGGUCAGUGGUAUAACUAGAUGUGAAACGACACAAAGUUUCUUCACGGCGCCUGGCACUUUCGUUGUUUUCAAAGCGCCAAGGAGAAUCAGGAAGUUACGUCAAAGUUUACAUGGUUAGUGUCAUGCAAAGAUCAGUCGAUCGCGCCAAAAGUAUUAACACAAGAUUUUCUGUAAUCUGCUAAGAUUUAGAAUCUCCAGGUUUCUCUUUAUUUCUGUAAAGAAAAAGAAAACAUUGUUAACACGCCAUUCAGACAUGAGAUGCACAGUUUCUUUACGGAGCCUGAAGAUCCAUAGCCGGAUCUUUGUUCCUGUGCCUAUUAAUACAACGAUUAAAAAAUAGGUUUUUCAAAGUGAAACGCAUCUUGAUUGUAAUCAAAAGUUACAGAGGAUCUGUAUUUCUUUCUCUUUUUCUUCUUUUGUUAAAAAAUUCUUGUUUAUUUUUUGUUCUUCUCGCUCACAGCCGACUAGUGUAAAAUUUACCAAAUCAGGGACACCCAUUCCCUUGGAUUCUGCUGGAAACGAGAUUUGUUUGUUAUUUCUGAAAUAUGGAAGAUGCCGCUUUAGGAAGAAAUGCAAGAAAUCACACUGGACACCACCUUUGCCAGGUAACACACAUUCCUCCAUGAUACAGAAGCAAUAAUUACUAGCCCAAUACACCCUAACAUGAGUAUACAUAUUCUCCAUACUGUUUUGUAAAAAUUACCUAAGGUACUGACAAGGAGAAUUUGUUUAACAAUCAAGAGCUUCUUAAGUUGGUGUUUAUUUUCCUUAAUUUCAUGACCUUCAUGCAUGAUUCAGAGGUAAUAUUGUAUGGUAAAAUUAGAUUAGGUAGUCACUCUCAGGGAUCAGUUGGUUAACUCUUUAACUCUCUGAAGUAAUUAACUUAAAACUUCUCCUACAAUAUCCAUACAUUCUUCAGAAAACAGGUAAUGAGAAUAUUCAACCUUAUCAGGUAGAAGCUGCUAUCUUGAUCUAGCACCAAUAUCUCAUAACUAAUUUACAAGGAAAUGUGCAGCUACAGGGGAGAAUUAACAAUCAGAUCUUGGGAGUUAAAGGGUUAAAACGAAAUGGCAGUCAGACCCAUGAGCCCAAAGGGGCAAGGGGCACUCGGCCUAUGUUUCUCAUGGUACUUUUCUGAUGUUUACAUGUCCAAUAUCAAUUUUAACAGAAUUUGUAUUUGAUUUUACUCUACAGAUGAGGAGUCCCCACUGCCACCGCCUCGCCCACCAUCCCCUCCCUCAUCAUUUCCUGACCAUUGCAGUUCCUUUGAACAAGAAGUUGCCAACCCACAUAUUUCUGUACUGGACGAACAACAAUAUACUGCGCUUGUGAAUGAAGCAAAUACUGAAAAGGAAAAUAUUAUUUUAAAUACCACAUGUGCAGAAACAUCCAUCACAUUCCCAAAUUUGGACUCUCUUCUAGACCAAGAUGAGUUCAAGUGCAGAUCUCAAGAUCAAUCUUUUGUUACAAUGCCAUCUACAAAUUUUUGUCCCGACAAUUUUCAAGAAGAUACUGAGCCAAUGUUUACUAGUGCAUCUACCUCAAAUAACUCUCUGACACAACCCUGUCUUGGUACUGACAUCAGAGAUCUAGCUGAAAAUACAGCAAAGGAAAUCAGGGACUUAAAAACUGUAUCUGAUAAUAAUGAGAGUUCAACAAAGCAUAAGCUGGAAAAAGUAUUGGAUAGGACAAUGGAAGUCAUUAAUAAGGGGAUCUGCAGAUUUGAUUAUUUAUAUCAUCAUGUGGGACGAACUAAAGGUUGGUUUAUGUUUGUUACAAAAUGCCCUUUUUCAGGAAAUGUGUAAAGUGCAUGAAUCCAAGCAUGUGUGUGGAGGUGGCUUUGUGGAAGGCGGAGCAGCAAAGGUUGACAGAAGAAUGAAAAGUAGUCAAGUUGUUCCAAAGUUCCAUGGCAAUUUCUGCUCCAAAAAGAGAUCUCUCAUACACCUCAAUUUUCCUAAUAUUUUACUGUAAUAGGAAAACAGCAGAAAGGAGGUUAUGGUUAGCCUCUCUAUUCUAUUUGCAGAUUGCAGCUGGAGAUUUAGAAGCGGUCUGGAUCAAAGUUAUCAAAGUUAUGGAGCUUAUUAUGAUAAUAUGAGUCAGAAACUUCAGUUUCAUCACCAGCCACAGAACAAGGUAAGGUGGGUUAAAAAUGAAAAAGAACAGAAUUUUAAACAAGAAGGAAGAUUUUUAAUAGCAUGCAAAUGAGCACUCUUGGACUGUAUUUGAUAAUCUUUUAAACUAAGUUAAUUGUAAAUUGCUAAAAAUUGCAGACAUUACUUUUGUAAUUUUUAGCACUUGCUGUUUCCUGGGAUUGUGUUCUUUCUUUCUUUCUAACAGCCUGUCACGAAGCCAGGAAACGAUUCUUGUUUUCCUUUUUAAACACGUUAUUAUUUAUCUUAAACUUCUGAAAACCUUACGAUCUCGAACCUUAUUUAUAGUAGCCGAUUACAUCAUACUUAUAUCUGAAACACUAUUUUUAGCAGCAAGAACAUUCUAGACGCUAAUGAUGACAUAUCCUUAAAAUAGCUCAAUAGAAUGUUCCGGAAUAUGGAGAAGUUUCUAGCUCAGCUUAUGCAAUAGCGUUGUGUUAAAUCAAUGUUCUAUUAAUUUCUGGAGACUUCGUUACACAGCCAGUGAAAGUGUCUAGAUUGCGAUACCUAAUUAAGAUCCAGAGAAGAGAGGGAUUUUAAUUGAUCGAUGUCAUUUUGUACAACCCCAAGCAUUUUUUUGUUUUUUUUGGUUGUUGUUUUAUGUAGAUAUAUGUUUUUUAUCUUUUGCCUCUCUCUUAUAGGUGGAGAAAAAAAGAUUAAAACUUCUUCGAAGGUCUCACUGGAACACAUUACAAACACUUAAUACAAGGCUGGCUCAAGUUCCUCCAGGCUACAAUUUGAAAGUGAAUUUUGCGCAUGUAAAUUUCAGUAGGCUAAGGCCAUAUUUUUAUCUUCUGGUGCAGCAGGUUAGUGUUCUCAAUUUGAUACACUCCAAAUAAACCGAUAAGCAUAUAAAUUUCUUAGUACCGAAAAAGCACACUAACAUGAAUUCGUUUUCAUGUACAGGAACAAUGGUGUGAAAAAACACUGCACAACUGAUUCAUCUCAUGGACGCAGAAAUAUGAAAAAAUAACGAAACGUACUGGUUACGUUAACGAAAUACAACGCCACGUACUGCAUUGUAAAUUUAACUGAACACAACGCUAAAUCAAUUGUAACGCACUUCAACGGAUUCAACAUAACGAGUGGUGACGGAAUGCCACGCAACAAAACGAAAUGAUACGGAAUACUGUAGUUAGCCAUACUGAAUUAAUGCAGUACAACCGUUGAAAUUCAUCGCUCCGUCAUGUUAUACGAUCAUAUAGCCGCAGAACUACACUGUACUUACACAGCAGAUUCAAAGGGAGAAAGUUCUCGAUAAUCAACUGAACGCUUCUAACAAAGACUAAAGAGACAAUUUUCCCUCUAUGACAGAUAUUACUCUCUCUCUCAUUAUGGUUAUCUCCUAUAUGUUACAUUACAGUGCCUCUUCUGCGAGGACACAACCGAGAAGCGAUGGAGACCUCACGCGUUUAGCUGUUUAGUAACAGAAACUUUGAUGGCCCUCUUUACCAGCUGCAACAUCACACCUGAAGAGGCAGAAAGGAAGAUGCAGGAAUGGGGUGCAAGACCAGUCAGGGUAGGUACUCACCUUGAGAUUCUGGUUUCAGUUCAACCAUACAGAAUGUUUCAGUUAAUGAACAUCACGAGAAACGUGAACUAGCUUUACUUUAGUGAAAAAAAUGUGACAGUAAGAUAGCUAUAGAUACCUUGAAGUGGUGUUAAACAGUCUUGAUUUCACACUCAAAAAAAGGUACACCCGCUAAAUUACUUUCAAAACACCUGUUUCACCCUUUUCUUUCCGAAGGACUCGAGUCUAAUGAAGUUUCGCGGAGUCGGUACAAAGAUACGUCAAUUUUUUCUUGAAACGGGAAAACAGGACCCGCAUAAGUCUCCAGCAGGGUUUGAAAUACCUAUCCUCUUCAUUUACUACCGGUACUUUCUGAAGCAAGGAGCUUUAUUUGAUACUAGGAGCAAAGAUAUUGAACAACUGAUAGUCAGGAUUGAUUCUGUUUUUAAUGCAUAUUUUACCAAGUUCUCCACACUAGUGAUGAAACAGGAAGACAAUCAGGUUAGAAAUUAUGUUUUCAUUCUUAAACUGAAGGAGCAAAAUAAACGCACGACAAAUGGCAGAUAAAUCUUUCCUCUCUCAGAAUCUGUUUUAAUUUCGAAAAUAGGCCGACGGAAGCUUUACCCAUUUCAGUUUAUAAGCUUUUAGACGCAGUUACGUUCAAAAAUGGCGCGCUUGGAGCGAGCGAGCCAUUGUCUUCAACUCAGCAAUGAAUAACUGUAGCUUUGAAAGAGAUCAUUAUUUUAACCCCUUGCCUUAUCUUUUUAUUCUUGAAGGCAAGGCAGUGUAUUUCUCACAUGUGGAACAUCAUUGUGAAAUCGUCUUUAUCAUUAAAUGGAGUUGCGCAAGAAGUCGUGGAAUGUGAACAGAAAGUGUUUGCAAAGAAGCUGUAAGUUACUUAUCGGCUGUUUAUCUGUAUGAAGGCAAAAAGAACUGAAGUCUUCAUUUGAUUGCCUAAUUUGGUUACGCAUAAUCCUCGCCCUUACUUCCGGUCGCCUAAAAUUACAUUUAAAAAGUGCCUACUUUUAACGAUUUGGAAGGCGCACCAUGUCUCCCUUAAGGUUUGAAUCAAAUAAUCUCGAGCAUUCGUUUUAAGCUAAGUUUUGAUUGUCCUUUAUUUUCUAUCACGCAAAGAAACGCUCCGACCAUGAUAAUUUUCCUGACUCUUGUCAAUUGUUGGCGUAAAUUGUAGUAAUGUUGUUAUGGGAACUCGUUUAUUGAUGAAUCUUUUCAUUACAGGUUUGCUGUGGAUUAUGCUUACGCCUGUUUUCUGGCCAGGCCAUUGGUGAAGGCAAACAUGGAGAAGCCAUCUCUACCGAUCACUAAAUCAGUACAAAAAGGAAUAAAAGCAGCUACUGAAAGGUCACUGGCUGAAAAGAAAAGAAAAACGUUCAAGUCCCCGAUGUUAAGUGACAAUAUUCAAGCGCAAAGAAAAGCCAUGGCUUUUGGGAGAACAUACGAAGAAUCUUACAAUGGCGAUGCAAAAAGGAAAGCAGCGACUUGUAAGAAAAAGAGAAAAACGCGAAGGUCGAGGCAGAUUUCGUUGCUGGAUGAAGCAGGGAAACAAGAUUUGGAAGAACGUUGUAAAAAAAUUAUUGACGAGUUGACAUAGGGUAACAUGCGCGAAUCGCGCCCUGUUACAGUAUUAAUAUGUUAUGUUACGUGAAAAUAGUGAUGCCAGCCAAGAUCCUAGCAUGAAGCUGACUAAGGACGUGUCAGUUUGGUCGCGAGCUUAGCAAACUACUUCAGUCGAAACGGGAAUUUUUACGCUAUUUUUAAGUUUAUUUUUCCAGGAAAGUUCGGCAAGCAAAACAAGAGGCCUCGAGUUUGCGCACUCGAUUCAGUUUCACCUCGUAGCUCUUGUCUGCACAUGCCGUAAGUGCCUGGAAAAUUUUUCUAGUCGCCAUCGCCUUUGGCGCUCAGCUCUUACUCGCCUCGGGUGGUAAUGCAAUAUAAACAAUCAUAUUUUUCCUUAGAC